GAAGAGGAGCUGACUGAAGACAGCAUUUCAGGUGCCGAAGAACCCGAUACCUGACAUGUCUCCAUUGUGGUUGCUUCUGGGCCUCCUGGCCCUGACUGGCUCCUCUGAAAGCAGCAAUUGGGGAUGCUAUGGAAACAUCCGUGUCCUGGACACCCCAGGAGCAUCCUGCAGGAUUGGAAGGCGCUACGGCCUGACUUAUUGUGGAGUUCCUGCCUCUGAACGGCUGGCUGAAGUCGAUAGGCCAUAUCUUCUGAGAUAUCAACCCACCAUGAGACUUGUUGGCCAGAAAUACUGUAUGGAUCCUGCAGUGAUCGCUGGUGUCCUGUCAAGGGAGUCUCCAGGAGGCAACUUUGUGAUCGACAUGGGCAACAUGGGCAGUGGAAUCGGGAGGGUAAAGGAGACAAAAUUCUACCCUCCCACAGCUUGGAAGAGUGAGGCCUGGGUUUCCCAGAAAGCUCAGACUCUGACAUCUAGCAUCAAAGAGAUCAAGACUAGGUUCCCAACCUGGACCCCCGACCAGCACCUGAGAGGUGGACUUUGUGCCUACAGUAAAGGUCCUAACUUUAUCCGAAGCAACCAGGACCUGAACUGUGAUUUCUGCAAUGAUGUCCUUGCGCGAGCCAAGUACUUCAAGGAACAUGGCUUCUAACCUCAGGAAAAACACGUCGGAAAAAACUCAAGUUCAUUGCUGUACUCGAGGCCUCUCCUGUUCCACUGAGAUGUCUAGCUGGUGAAGCCUGCAGUCGUAAAGCUGAGUUGGAUCUGAAGGCUGUCAAAAUAUCAUGAAUUAUAUUAAAGACAAAGUUAUC